CAACGUUCAUUUACUUGGAAAUCGGGAUAAUGGAGAAAAGCAAGAGAAAAGCAUCAAAAUUCAUAAACAAUGUGGGUGAGUGGGCGACUCAGCCAUUGUCUUUUUUUCGCCUUCUUUAUUCGUUUCACUGCCCAAAAAACCACUUGGGCUCUAUUUUAUUUAUCAGACUAUCAGCUCACUACCUCCUACUCUGAUUUUUUCAACUUUCACUGAUUAUACACAAUCUCCAUCCCGUUCCUGAAUUUCCAUUUGGCUUCUUCAUUUCUCUCUUCUGCUUCCUUCUCAUAAUUUCACCAUGUCUGUCAUUGGAGAGGCUGCUCUGUCUGUGUUUCUGGAGCUGUUGGGGGGCAAGUUGCUCGACUCUGCGCUCAACUUUGUUGCUGAUCAUAAGCAGCUCCACCCACAGCUCAAGCAGUGGCAGUCCAUAUUGCCCGAUAUCCAAGCAGUGUUGGACGAUGCAGAGGAGAAGCAGAUCAAGAACGAGGGCGUGAAGAAAUGGUUGGAGGAUCUCCAGGACUUGGCUUACGAUGUGGAUGACAUCUUUUAUGAGUUCGCUUAUGAAGAGUUACGUCUCAAGCUCAACAAAUCGCAAGCUCAAGCCAGCACUAGCAAGAGGUUGGGGUUAUUAUUUUUUCAAGCACCGGCAAGGUUUAUCAAUGGUCCAGCACCAGAUAUAUAAUAUGGUAUAACACUUAUAUAUAUAUAUAUAUAUAUAUAUUAUAGAUGAUUUUUAAUAAUUAAAAUCUAG